UUUAAACUUUUAAGACAUGUAAGAGCAGACAGCUGACUUCUUUGUUAACAUCAGCGGACUGUGAGACAAUGGCUGAGAUUUGUCAGCAAAAUACGAAAAAUACAAAGGCAGACAAGUUUGGAUGGGGUGAGACAGAGGACGCCAAUGAGAGAACUCAGGAACUUUGUGACAAGGUGAAAGAAGAAGUGCAGAGACAAACACGCGGAGACAAUACGGAAUACAAAGCAGUGAAAUACAGGCAACUUCGGGGUAUCCUUGGAGCAGAACACUUCCUCAUCAAGGUUCAAGUUGGAGACACAAAUUACAUUCAUUUGUAUGUUGUUAAAAUUGUGGGUCCCAACGCAUCUCCAACACUGGAAGGUGUGCAGCAGAACAAAACCAGAGACGACACCAUCGAACCUAUUCCUGCAUCUCCACCACAGACAGUGACUGUCUUACAGGCUAUUGUCUCAUAAUAAAAACUCUGCUUCUUUGUUCUGAAA